AUGCUCUCGUUCGCUCUGCUCUCCGCCUUGAUCGGACCACCAGCCUCUAGCGCCCCACUAACCGGCCAUUUUCAAGUGGUUGCCAUUCCGUUCGCAACGGUCGACGCGAACAGUUACUGCCGAAAGCUGCACUCGAAGCUGCUCCACGCGGCCAAUCCGAUUUUUGUGCUCGAAACAAGUGUCCCCCGACGGGUUUAUCAGGUACUGCCGAGUGUCGCGACGACAAUGGAACCGAUUCGACCAACGACGGGCGCUCCGGAUGACGCCGGAAACAAAGUUGACGACAUUCCGGUUGACGAUCUUGUGAAUAUGAUACGCCAACAAGAGGUAACGGUCGUGAGCCACCAGAUUGUGGAAACCAUCACGCUGGAAACGAACGAUGGUCUGGUACGGUUGACGGUCGAGCGUCCCGGCAACUUAGAGUCAUCGGAAAUUGCAGCCCGAAGUGGGCUGGGCAAUGAUAAACUGCUCCUGUCACUGCUCGGCGGUGGCCGCCAGAGUAAGGUGCGGCGCAUCGAACGUGUUAAAAAUCUGUAA